AUGAAAGGCAGCACGCCGCGGCACAAACUGCACGAGACGAUAGCAGAUCCAGCAGCACAAAGGAAUGUGCUCGAUCCUCACGAUUGUAAAUUCGGAGCGUGCCAGUCUUUCCAUCUUAAGCGAUGGUGGGAAGAAGAGGCACUGAAAAGCAUACCUUCUCUGCUGGUUCAUGAUCUGGGAAGGCUAAUUCGAUAUAAUCUCUUUAGCAAUAGUGAUGCUGCCAUAAUCGCACUGUGGAGCCAAGAGGAUGAAACAAUUGACAGGUUCCUCGCGGAAAUCUGGCCAUCGCGCCCUCCUCCAUCUUGGUCAGCCUUCCCACGUGAACAGAAAAUCAGCACUCUGAUCAACAUGCUGCAUUCGGAUCAACAAAGCCCAUCUCGUUGGGUCUCAUUAUUCUGGGACAUUGCUGAGAUGUCGGAUCCGCUUGAUAUUGCGAGGAAACUCGAUGCGGAAAGUGAGACCUCUUUCAAACAGAUUCCGUUCGAAGAGUGGGUUCGCCACCUUCUAGGAUACCAUGCCUUGGCAGUUCAACGGUUCAUGCAGCAACAUACAAUGCUUGGUGACCAUAUCUUACGCCAUCUUGGUGCACAUCCUAUAGAGAGAGAAACGUAUGCUGCAGUGGAGAGACACCUGCGGCAACGAAGUCCAUUCGUGCACUACGUGAUCCAACAGGUACUGCUGGGAAAUCGGCCUCGCUUCCAACAGCGGCAAGUCUGUCCGCCCCCAGAUGUGCCAGGUUUCCAUUUGCUUGCACGGCCAAUACAACUGCUCUUCAGUACCCGUCAGAAAGGACUUACAACAACAUUGAAGAUCUUAGAUGUUCUGUCGGCUCGCUUCGAAAAAUCGCACUCCAGCGCGUCAAUCAUUGACUGGACCCGGCCAUUAGAUACGUCCAUGCUCUAUCUGAGCGAAACUCUGCUAUCGGAUUCGACCGACACUCUAGUGAAAACCCUUACCGACGCUGAUAUAAUAAACUUCGACGCCUUUUCGCCCGCCGAUCUUCUGCACCACCCAACGCGAGUGCGUUAUAUUGAAUCAAAAUGGCACGCGCUUAGAGAUGCCGUCUCCGAAUGCUGUGCAGCAGUUCCGGACCAAGUGGCACGCAUUCUCGAAGCGACCCGGGCUCUUCAUAUAGGCCGAAACUAUCACUCAAGUACGGCUCUUCUUCACGGUCUGCGGGCCUACUUGGUCUCCAACUACGUCAGGAUUGUAGAAGAACCCCAUCAGAACUUUAUGAGCAUUAUAGAGAUGGUUCAUAUUGUCGACAGCUCCAACAACUUUGCGACGUACCGCAGAAUGUUCGAGGAAAUGCCUGGGAUUCCAUUUCUUCUCCCUCACUGCCGCGAGGUCGACGAAAGAGGGUGGCCGGCCGUGCAGGAAUUUUCCAUAUGUUUUUCUGCCUGUAAAUUACACAGAUAA